GUGAACGAUCUUCAACGAGAACGGUGAUUUUGCUGAGAUAAUUUUGAUUUAUCUCAAUACUUCAUUUAUAUAUCAUAGUGGUUCUAAACUAUAAUUAUAGGUAUUUUGCUUACAUUUCCAAAUAAUCCACAAUCUUUUUGCGGGAAAAGGACUGUGUAUGAAAGGCCUUGGCCAUUAUUAUCAUAGAUUUACUAAUAUCAACCCUUGUAUGAAAUAUUACAGGCUUUGAGCUGCUCUAAAUAAUAUGUAUAUAGUCCGCCUCAAUGGAGGCGGGUUUAAUCCCGAGAAAAAAACAAUGAAAUUUAGACUAGGCUAGAAACGCUUUCACAUUAUUUAAAACUUUUGUUGUUUGUUGUAUAGUUGAUGAUUGUAUUCGGGCAAGCUAUAGUUUUUUUCCCUUUUACACCUCAUGUAAUGUGAUACAAAUUCUCGCUCAGUUACAUCAUAAAAGUUGUUUUAAGUCCUAAUCAUUCACAGACAAGCUACACACUGCUUACGAUAAUGGCUGAAGCGCCAAGUUAUAAGGUUCUGGUCCUUAGCUAAAAAUAAGUUUCUAAUUCUUUUCUGUAGAUAAUAACCUUCAAUCGACUACAAGUCUUCCUAAAGUACUGCACCAAAUGAAUUUAUCCUGUAUUAUCCUAAUAAUUUUGGCGUGUAUGUCAAGAUUUUGCAUUUACAGCAAAAGAUAUUUAUUUUAUGAUGUGUUUCACGGAGAAGGUUUCAAUUUGAGGCGUGAUGUUUAUAUACGGGUUGCUAAUACAGUUCGGUAGGUGUGAUUUUGUUAAAAACAAACUGCGCAAAAUAACAACGUAAUUUAAUAAGUACGGAAUUUCGCACCUCACUUUUGACCAUACAUUGUUUUUCAAUAGAUGUAAAUAAUAAUGUCCGUAAGCCUAAAUUCAAUUAGACAGGGCUGAGUCUAAACUUUCAUAUCAAUUGUUCGAGGUUCAGUCCUCCGACGAUUGAGCUAUCGUUUCAGAUAGUAAUUUAAUUAUUCUCACUGUCUUUUAAGAGACCCAAGUCAAAUACCAGAUUUUGCUUUACACAACAUUAACGUAAAAAAUUUAACUGGUGAUGAUUGGAUUCUAGUUUUACCACCUUGGGGUCCACUUCCUCAUUGGUUCAAUGAUAGAUCAUAUGAAAGAUAUACAAAUCAUAGUUAUUUUAAUAAUUGGUCAGGCAUUCCAUGGUCAAUGUUUUUUGAUUUAAAUAGUCUCUCAUUAUUUAUACCAGUUAUGGAUUUAAUUGAAUUUCAACGUAGUAACGUAUUGGAUUCACAACAAUCAUUAUUAAACAGGUCAUCCAAUCAUCUGUUGACAAUCGAUUUAGCCCUUCAGUUAGUUCGUGGGGAUUUUAAUAGACAAUUGGAGCAAUAUUCAAAUGAUAAUGAUCGUAAAGUAGAUUUUUGUCCAUUUGAAUUACGUAAAUUAUAUCGAUUAAAUGACUCAACAUUGUCAUCAUCGUCAUUCAGUCGACCAAUGGAAUUAUUUGAAGGAAGUAAUUUUAAUUUACAAAAUGGUAUAUUACCAAUGACAGCAUCUGCAUAUGAUUGUAUCACUGGGGAUUUAGAACCUAUUCAUUUAGCACCAUUCUUAAUCCAAUUAAUUCAAAAUUCUAAAAACCCCAUUACAACAUUAUACUUAGGCUCAGCUCAGUCGAUUAUACACGGUCAUUGGAGUGAAUGGAGUCAAGAAUAUUGGACUGUACGUCGAAGCAUUACAAUAGCAAAUCAUUUACGUGAUAUUGGUGAUAAUUACCGUGAAACUUAUCUACAUUCUAAUGAUAUUUCAGAUCGUACAGUAUCACCGUCAAUAGUUGAACAUCUUGGUCCAGGUUCCAAUUGGUUGCGUUCACAAUGGCCCCUUUCACCAGCUCUAGGUGGACCAUAUGUAGCGGUUCAUUGGCGUCGUGGAGAUUUUGUUACUACAAGUACUAGCGCUACAACAACAACAACAACUGUUACUACUACUAGUCGAUCUCCUAAUAGUGUUUUAGCAGCUCAACAAAUUCUAAAUGCUGUUAAGAUAUUUAAUCAGUAUGAAGAUCAUUACAUCGAUACGAUUUAUCUAGCCACAGAUGCUGAUAAAAAAGAACUUGAAAACUUGAAAAGUUUACUUUAUCCACUUCAAAUAUUUCAUUUUGAACCAAAUGAAUCUGAAUGGAUAUCUUAUGGCCCAGGUGGUUCGGCAAUUAUAGAUCAAUGGAUCUGUGCACAUGCCAGAUAUUUCAUUGGAACUAGUUCAUCAACAUUUACUUUUCGUAUUAUUGAAGAACGUUCAAUUAUGGGUUUUUUAUCCAAUACAACUUUAAAUAAUUUAUGCCCAAAUGGACCAAUACAUUUAUAUCAAUCAUAUCAUUAUCAUAAAGAUUUAUCUACUUGUCAAUCAUUAACUGAAUGGCCAGUUAUUUAUGAAAAACAAUAUACUAUCUCAUCAUCAUCAUCAUCAUCACCAAUGAUCACUGAUAAACUACAUUUAAAUAAAUAUAUGAAAGAUGAAUUAUGAUCCUGGAUAAUGUUGAUGAUACAGCAUCUUACCCAUCUACUAUUACUACUCCUGCUAUUGGUUUUUAUUGUUCCCUAAUUUAUAUUCCUUUCAUUUUUUUAUUUAUGGCUUCCAUUAUUAUUUAGAUUAUUAUUAUUGUUCUCUUUUGUGUGAGAGGCCUAUGCUCCUCCACGAGGGGUAACAGGUGUAAGUAAGUAAGUCUCUUUUGUGAGUGUAUAUAUAUAUGUUUGUAUAGCUGACUUUGUUAUGCAAAGAUUUCAGAUUUAUCAAAGAAAGAAAAUAUAUUUAUUUCAUGAU